CUGCCUACAUCUCCCAGAAGUCUCAGCUCAGCGCUGACUGACGUUCUGGUCGGGCACGUAAACAAGCAACGGGAAGCUGCAUCGUGAAACCGUCCCGUCCUGAGCAGAUGGUAUGGAGAGGUGACGUGCCACCAGAGUGCAACCAAUAGCAGGGCAGUGUGCUGUGUGGAGCCAGUAGGAACGCAGCAGCGAAAUGACGGAGUGCUUCCUGCCUCCCAGUAGCAGCCCUGCAGAGCAGCGGCGGGCGGAGCACCCUGGAGGUGUGCCUCGCACUCCCAGCUCUGAGGAGAUCAGCCCCACUAAAUUCCCGGGCCUAUACCGCACAGGCGAACCCUCGCCCCCCCACGACGGACACCACCAUGAGCCCCCUGAUGCAGCCUCAGACGACGACAAGGAGCACAGCAAGAAGAAGAACAAGUUCAAGAAGAAGGAGAAACGCACUGAGGGCUACGCUGCCUUCCAGGAGGACAGUUCGGCCGAUGAGGCGGAGAGCCCGUCCAAGAUGAAGCGCUCCAAAGGCAUUCAUGUCUUCAAGAAGCCCAGCUUCUCCAAGAAAAAAGAGAAAGACUUCAAAGUGAAGGAGAAAGUGCCCAAAGAGGAGAAAGCCAAGGACAAAAAGUCCAAGGACCUGACUGCGGCAGAUGUGGUCAAACAGUGGAAGGAGAAAAAGAAGAAGAAGAAGCCCAGCACCACUGAACAGGAGCCUGUCGCUGUGGAGACACCAGCCACAAUCAGGCCAAUAUUUGGGGCGCCGUUGGCCGAAGCGGUCAGGAGGACGGCUCUGUAUGAUGGGAUCCAACUGCCAGCUAUUUUCCGCGAGUGCGUGGACUACAUUGAGAGCUACGGAAUGAAAUGUGAAGGAAUCUACCGUGUUUCCGGAAUGAAGUCUAAGGUGGACGAGCUAAAGGCAGCAUAUGACCGCGAGGAGUGUCCAUGCCUGGAGGAGUAUGAUCCACACACUGUGGCCAGUCUGCUGAAACAGUACCUGCGUGAACUUCCUGACAACCUGCUGGGCCGCGAGUUGGCCCUGCGCUUUGAGGAGGCAUGCGGGCGGCCGAGUGAAGCUGAGAAGCUGCAGGAGUUCCAGCGGCUGCUGGCAGAGGUGCCGGCUGGCAGCAGACUGCUUUUGGCCUGGCUCAUCACCCACAUGGACCAUGUGAUUGCCCGUGAAGCUGACACCAAGAUGAACAUCCAGAACAUCUCUAUUGUUCUCAAUCCCACCGUGCAGAUUGGGAACCGGGUGCUUUAUGUGUUUUUCACCCACGUUCGGGAGCUAUUUGGUGACGUGGUUCUGAAGCCAGUGGUGCGUCCCCUGCGCUGGUCCAACAUGGCCACAAUGCCAGCCUUGCCUGAGACCCAGGAGAGUAUUAAAGAGGAGAUACGGCGACAGGAAUUCCUGCUGAAUUGCCUCCACAGAGACUUGCAGGCAGGGAUAAAGGACCUGUCUAAAGAGGAGCGCCUGUGGGAGGUGCAACGUAUCCUCACUGCUCUCAAACGCAAACUCCGUGAGGCCAAGAGACAGGAGUGUGAGAGUAAGAUAGCACAAGAGAUCGCCAGCCUGUCUAAAGAGGAUGUGUCCAAAGAGGAGAUGUCUGAGAAUGAAGAAGAGGUGCUUAACAUCCUCCUGGCUCAGGAGAACGAGAUAUUGACGGAGCAAGAAGAGCUGAUCUCCCUUGAGCAGGUCUUGCGCAGGCAAAUUGCCACAGAGAAGGAGGAGAUUGAACGGUUGCGUGCUGAAAUUGCUGACAUACAGAGCCGGCAGCAGGGCCGGAGUGAGACGGAGGAGUACUCGUCUGACAGUGAGAGCGAGAGUGAAGAUGAGGAGGAGUUGCAGAUGAUCCUGGAGGAUCUACAGAAGCAGAACGAAGAGCUGGAGAACAAGAACACCCACCUGAACCAGGCCAUCCACGAGGAGCAGGAAGCCAUCUUGGAACUCCGCGUUCAGCUCCGUCUACUUCAGAGCCAAAAGCUGCAGCAGGAGCUCACGGCUCCUCCCACAACAGAACAGGCACCGCCAAUGCAGCCCAGCCCAGAGGAACGAUCCAGAGGUGAUGAGCCAAUCAAACGCAAUGCUUCCGUGGCCAUAGCAACGCCAGGAGAUGCCACAGUUGCUGCUUCUGCAGCAACAGCCAAUGGAAAGCCUGGAAAGGACAAUUUAAAACCCUCACCUAGCAAAACAUAUGCGGUCAGUCAAAAUCCACCUCUCUAGAUCAAACGCCUCAGUGGUUUCACACACUGGUGUGACAUUAGGGGUGAGCAUCACCCUAGCAUCACUCAUAGGCCUCAGAUAAGGUUUGCUGAAGCUGAACUGAAUGUUGUUUCCACAUUGGGACCACAAUUAGGUGGGUAAGAUUGGGGAGUUGGUUUAAAAAUCAUUUAAGAAGGCAAAGUGAUUAGAAGGUGAGUGGCCAAUCAGCAGCUGGUGAGUAGGGGUGCCUUUUCUUGUUUUUGUUUUUGGGAGUCAUCAUGUCCUAAAUCAUCUUAGUCAUUCUAUAUUUUUAAUUUAAUCCAAGAUAAGAAGUUUAGCCAAAAAGAAAGUUGCUUUACCAACAGAUUUUGCCCUUGCCCUAAACCUCACCCUUAGUUUCCUGUCUCAAGACAACCAGGGAAAUCAUUUCCACCAGUCUUCAAAUAAUCAUGAAUCAAUUUAACAGGUUAUUUUUAAGAAAUAAAUAUAUUGUUUGAAUGGGAUGAGAAAUAUAUUGGUCUGUUAACUUCUUUUUUUGGGUCACCCUAGCUCUUUUUAGUGAACUGAAGGGGUGUGUGUGUGUGUGUGUGUGUGUGUGUGUGUAAGUGUGUGUGUAAGAGAGCGAUGAAACACUGUGCCAUAUGAGAGUGAGUGUAACCAUAUGCAUAAGUUUUUCAUUGAAGAAACUGUUAAGACAAACGUUAAGAUGCACCUAUAUUAUAUAUUUACUGAAAUAAAUUACAGAGGAUUAUUUGUGUUAAGUAUGACAUUUAUUUGGUCAUAUACAGGACUGUGUAAAAGAACCCACCUUCAUUUAUUUAAUUUCCAGUCAAAAUGGCCAUUAACUACAAGUGCUUCAUUUUUCAAGAGAGACUUCUGAAAAGAUUAGUUAUAAGAUAAUCUACUUGCAAAAGGAAGGAGAAAGUUGAAGUGAAAAAAGAGGAAGGCAAAACUUGAUUAAAAGAUGAGAUGAACAACCAUGCAAGAGCUGGUAGACCGCCAAAACCAUCACCAUCAGAUAAACAGCACUUAAAGCCCUCAUCUUCGAGCGAGAGGAGAAAAUCAAGCUCCACUCUUGCUCCAGAUCUGAAAAAAAUCCACUGUGAAAAGACAGCUCAGCACUGUGAGUCUGAAGGAAGCUGUCAAGAAACUCUUACUGAGAAAUGGAAAUUUAGUAGUACACAUUUAGUACUAAAAAUGGUUAUAUUUAUAAUUUAUGUUUUCUGCUUUUUGCCUGAUCCUGAUGGAAAUUGGGUGAGUGAAAGGUGGUCUCUGACUUAUAUAUGUGUGUGUGUUCUAUCUGCACGGGAAAAAGUGCAAAUGCAGAAGCAUAUAAUGUUUUAUGUUCAGUUAAUAAACAGUUGACAUGAUGUAGAAUUGGUAACACUUUUUGGAGGGUUUUCUUAUGUAGCUUUGUUUAAGUUCUAGUAUUUCAGCUAUAACAACUAUACUAGCUAUGUUUUGAAGCACAAACAGCAUUUUUGACAGACAAUGGAAAGCUUUAUGUUGCUGAAUGGUGAAAAAUGGUGUGAAGUUGUGCCACAGUGUGUUUAUAAAGUCUGAAAAGUCCAUAGUAGUGCUAUUGUUUUUAAAAUGACUGUAUAACUCCAAAUUGUUACCAAUACUACAUGUACCAAGGUCAUGACAUCAAAUUAAAAUACAGGAUGAGUACAGCCCUGUUAUGUUAUAUUAAUUGUUUAAUUCUGAAGUUUUUUUCCCAUAAAUAAAUAUUACUUAUUGUAUUGCUUUAUUUUGUUAUUGCCUUGCAAGAAGAAUCACCCAAAAACGUUUCACUGGAACACUGAGAAUAUUGUCUUUCUCUCUAAAAUGUCAUGUCUGCUUAGCCCUUUAUGUCCCUUUAUCUUUGUGAUCACCCCCCCUCCCCUUUUUCUUGAUUGUUCUCAGGCUGUCAGUGGAGAUGUAUAAAUCCACUCAUGAAUACUGCUGACUGUCAACUCCAUUGUGUAGGAAAGUUCUUUUUAAAAAGUCUCUUCUAAUACGACUUAUUGCAAAGACAAAUCCACUCAUUUUAAAAUUAUUUUCAUGCUGUUCAUAUGGCUUUUUGUAGCUCUUUGUCAUUGCUAGCAGAAUGUUGCUGUACAAAGUAAUAAAGUGUCUGGAAAUGAACUUUAGUAUGAAUACAGUGUAAUGAAUACAGAAUGUAUUGAAUAAUAAAUACAGUAGAUUCUGGUA